AUGGAAUCUUCUGUAAAUGAACAUGUUACUGGAACUUCAGAAAUGUCAGAAUCACUACAACAACAAAUUCAAAGUUCAAAGAUUUCUCCAGAACAGAUGCGUCAAUUAAAUGCACAAAUAGCAGCUUACAAGAUGCUAGCCAGAAAUGAACCAUUACCCAGACAAUUAUUGAACCAAGCGAAUGACAGAAAGAAUGAUUCAAAUGCUCUUCCGCUUCCAUAUGAAUAUCCUUAUGAACUUCCGAAUGGCGAAAAGCUUCCUUAUGAUUUAAGCAAAAUAUUAGCCAUCCACCAACAACGAACCACAAAUCGAACAACUACAUUACCUUUACCACAAGGGAUUGAUCCAGAAAUUAUUUGGCAAUUCAAAAUCGAAUUGCUCUUCGAAUAAA